AUGGAGACCCCCAACUCGUCGGGAAGCGAAAAGAUGGACGUCGAGCCGAAAGAGGGACGCCGGAGUACGCCCGGCGAGAGCCCCCUCGCCGGCCCGCAUCGCGCGUUAGAUGGUAUCGGAAGGUUCGCGGACCCCAACGAUCUGCGAGCGUUACGGGCUGUCUCCAAACAAUUCAACGCGCACUCGCGACUCCCCGCGGCCAUCAAACGAUGUUUUGAGAAGCGCUGGGCCGCGCGGAGCGUCUCGAAAAGGGCGCGGUGGCGGCUCGAAGCGGUCGAGGCCAUGGGGCGCUGUUUGGGCGUCGACGCGGAAGAAUUUUUAACGAAAACAUUAAAAGGAGACAAGCUGCAAGCGGUCCGAGCCGCUUCGGCCAGGUGGCUCGCCAGGAUCGCUAGGAGAGCCGCGCCGGAGACGAAGAAACGCAUUUUUGCCGCCGCGUGUCUUCGUUAUGAUGAGGAGCGCGGCCGCAUGAACGUGCGCCAGGCCAUCGAGCGGUCCUUCCCCGAUGUGUAUGAGAGCUGUGAGGAGCUCGUCAGGCAGCAUCCCAAAGGAGGCGCGUUAGCUGCUUUUGUGGCCGCGACUCGGGCCGCGCGGGAGGCGCAGUUGCAGAGACAAAGGGAAGCGUUGAAGGCAGCGGCGGCGGGCGUCAUGGGCGGCAAGAUUCACUUGUUUCGCGAGUGCGCUGCUGGUUUUAGGAGGGUCCAUUUCAAGGUCGAUCGGGGGCGCGACGAUAGCUUGAAAUUGGCCUUCGCGAACCCCUUAGAAAGGUCCGUGUUGCUGAGGAGGUACGAGAGCCGCGGGUUGGUCGGAGAUCAAAGGUUAGACGUGGUGGAGAUCCCUCCCAGAAGCGUGAGGCACUUUGCGACUCUCGAGUUCCCGUCGUCGUGUAGAAGAAGACGCGCGCCGCCGCCGCGGCCGGGCGGCGGCCCGCCGCCGCGGCCGCCCGCUAUAACAAAGGGGCCGCCGCCGCCGCCGCCGCCGCCUCCCCCCAAAGACCGCUGGGUGCUGCGCGUGCCGCCGCUCGAGGCCUGCGCCCAUCCUUUAUUAGCGCCGGACCGCUGGAUCUUCAACGGCUCCGGAUUGUUGCGGCUCGAGGCGCGGUUCCGCGGGCGCUACGACACGCGGGGCGCCCAGGACUGCCACCGCGAGCCGCCCUUUGAAUUGUGGACCUUUGAGCUGGGCCCCGGGGCUCUCACGUGCCGCGUCGACCCGGUGCUGUCGAACUUCGUGACGCCCUUCGGCUACGACCCGACGCCGAACCGCACGCCGCCGGGCUACCGCCCGCAGCCGCCGCCGCCGCCGCCGCCGACGCACUGGCGCCAGUCGCUGAGCGACGAGCGCGCGCGCGGUAUCGUUACUUCAGUCAAGCCGGCCAAGAAAGCCGAAAAGAAGAACCAGCACUCCGAGUGGCUCCACCGCUACCCGGACCCCGUCCAGCUCCUGCCCGCGACGCGCCCGGCGAAUUUGGACGUCGAAGCUAGACCCGGUCACCCGCGCGAGUUCCUGUUCUCGGACGACUCCGAGCCGCAGCCGCGCCAGGUCUUCAACCAGUGGCCCGGGCUGCGACCCAGGGCGGAGGAGGUCGCCGCGCAAGCCGCCGCGGAGGACGAUAGUGAGCACCCGCCGGGCUGGCGCGAGGCCUGGCGCGCGCUCGGGCCGCCGGCGGUGCUCGCGGCGGAGACCCUCGCCGGGCCGGCGCACGACCCCCGCCUGGCGAUGCGGCCCUCGUCGUUCAAUACUGGUGUCGAACCCUCUCCGGCGCCCCCGACUGCGACGGACUUGCUUGAGGAGAACAGGCGCAUUUCAACGGGUCAAGCGACCGCGACGUCGACGGCGACGUACAGCGCUGCCACGUCGUUGUCGUCAUUGCGGGCCACCCAGGCGCAGAACCCCGGGAGUAGCGCAGCGCCGCUUGGCGCGGACGGCGACCCGCCUCCCGGGACGAACGAAAGCAUGCUCCGGGCGCAGUUGGAUUACGCGCGGGCGCUCGAUUUCGAAGGCGCCACGCUCGACGAACUCAGUGAGGUCACGGCGACGCUCGGGGAGAUCCGCGACAUCGCGCUGCAGGUCCUCGGCAGCGCGCACCCGGACACGGUGAACAUGGAGAACCUCUUACAACAGGCGCAAGACGCGCUCGCCGCCCGCCAGGCGCCGCCGCCGCCGGGGAGCGCGUAAAACCCUUAUUCCUUA